CUUUGAUCUUGUUAAUUCAGAAUGCUGAACUGAUAGGGCGAAUUCAGAACUUUUAGAGGGAUGCUCCUUGGCCUUCUUCUUUUCCCAGCGGUGUUUAAAUUUGUACUACAAAUAUGGGAAUGGUUUUCAAGUAAACGAUAUUCUGAAUCAAGUUUGUUCUGGAUUUUCAUAUGCAUCCAUUGCUCUGCAUGUUCUGGAGCAUGGAAAGCCACAUGAGCGCACUGCUAUAAUAACAAAAUUGGCCGGACAGAUAGUUCAAAUGAGCCAGCAGAAGUUUGCCUCAAAUGUGAUAGAGAAGUGUUUAACUUUUGGAUCUCCUGUUGAAAGCCAGAUCCUUGUGAAUGAAAUGCUUGGUUCCACUGAUGAAAAUGAGCCCCUUCAGGUGAUGAUGAAGGAUCAGUUUGCGAACUAUGUUGUACAGAAAGUGCUAGAAACUUGUGAUGACCAGCAACUUGAACUAAUCCUUAAUCGUAUAAAGGUUCAUCUGAAUGCUCUUAAAAAAUACACUUACGGAAAACAUAUAGUUGCACGUGUAGAGAAGCUUGUUGCUGCUGGAGAUAUAUAUUAGACGCACUAUCCAAUGAAGCAACAACAUGAACUUAUUCAAAAGCUACUUCAACAGAUAAAUACGCCAUCAGAUCAUCCUGAACUUUCCGCUUCAAGAAGAGAAGAUCCUCUGUCACGGCUAUCACCGGCCUCAGUUUGUUAGAGCAUUUAAUUUUUGUAAU